AUGAGUGAAGAUAAUAGUACAGAGAUAAUAGAAUCUGUAUUCUUUAAUGAAUCAUUUGCAGAGGCAGUUCAACAAUCCAAGCAGACUAGCAAAAUACUAGCUGUCGUCGUUUAUAAUGAAGCUGAUACAGAUGGACAUCCUCUCUUACUAGAUCUAUUCAACUAUGAACAACAACUGUCUGAUCUCAUCAAAUCUACUUUUAUUUUAAAAAAGAUUGAUGUAAAUUCUGAAGAUGCUAUAAAUUUAAAGAAAAUAUAUCCUUAUAGUGAAGAAGAACUUCCUUUCUUUGUUACAAUUGGAUUGAAUGGUGUUGCACUUCACACCUCUAACGGUGAUAAAUCAUCAGAUGAAUUACUAUCGAUAUUAACAAAAUCAAAAGAACAAUAUCAACAACAACAAGCUCAAUUGUUAAUGUUACUGAUGUUUCAACAACAGAAACAAUCUCAACAAGCACAACAACAACAACAACAACAACAACAACAACGACCAACAAAUCAACAGAAACCAAUUGCAUCAUCUUCACAACAACAACAAACCUCAAAGACAAAUACUAAUAACGCUACAAAUAUAAAGAAAGAAACACCAAAAGCAACACCACCAAAAACAACGACAACUACAACAACCACAUCAUCAUCAACAAACAAUAGUAAUAGUAGUAAAAAAGUAAUGACAUCACCAACCGUUAAGAGUAAAAUAACAUCACCAACACAAUCAAACAAGACUAUAGCAUCACCACCCUUAUAUACAGAGACAACUAUAGUUUGUAAAUUAACCAAUGGAUUCUCAAUUAAAUCUACCUUUUCACCAAAUGAUAAACUUCAUGAUGUAAAGAGUUAUAUUGAUAAGAAUAGAAAUGAUGGUAAACAUGCAUACUAUUUGAUGAUUACAUAUCCCAAAAAGAUAUUCACUGAGAAUGAUAUGUCGUUAAGUUUGAGAGUGCUAGACUUGGUUCCAUCUGCAACACUUACUCUCUGUUCUUCCGAUCCAAACAGCAAACCAACUCCACCACCAGAGGUAGAGCCAGCAUCAUCAACAACACAGUAUAGCACCACUUCAUCUACUUUAGAGUCUGAAGAUGGUGGAUACAUUGAUAAAUUCAAAAACUAUGUCUCAAGUAUAUUCUCACCAUUUUGGUAUCCACCAGCAAGUCAACAAACUACAACUACAUCUACAACUUCUUCUUCUGCUGCUGCUUAUCCAGGUUCACAACAAAGACAACAAACAACACCCUCAAAUAGACCAUCUUCAUCCGGCAUAAGACAAGUCGGUAGAAUACAUACACUUAGCAAUGAUAAUUCAACACCGCAGCCACAACAACAACAGCAACAAGGUGGAUUCUUCCAACCAAUAGAAAAGAAUGAGGAAAAGAAAGAGGAACAGACAAAUGUAAAGAAAAGAAAUAGAAUUGGACAACUUCAUCAAUCUGAAGAUGAUAAUCAAGAUGGAAAGAAUUCCUAUUACAAUGGAAAUUCAACUCAAUAUAAAUAA